UUUAAUUCAUCCACUAUGAAAACUGUAGCCAAUUUUCCUGUAUCUUGGGUAAGCAAGGCGCAAGAUCCGGAUAUUUCUAAUUUCAAACAUCGUUCGGCAGCAUUCUAUUCGAAAUGUAUUUUUGGUGCUUUAACGUUGGAAGUGGGAAAUUUCAUUCUGGUAUCUAACAUGGAUGCUGCUGAGCCCGAUUCAAUCGAUGGGUGCGACGUGGCCCAAAUCCUUCACAUGUACGAAUUAUUCUCCACUGACGCCAACAAUAACAGGGACCCUUGCAGAGCAAUUGUACAAUGGUAUUCAAGACCUGCAGGUUUGCCAAAAUCCGUAACUUCUGAUGAAAACUAUGCAUUCGAUGCUCGUGAGGUGGUCGAAGAUUCUCGCUUUGAUCCCGAUAUAUCGAUAGAGACAAUUUUUAAUGUAUGUCAAGUACAAAAAGUUCCGUUGAAUUCAGUUGUAAAGUCCGAGCAACCGCCCAGCAAACAAGCGGCUUUUUUUGUUCGUUACAAGUUAGUAAAAUCGUCUGCUAGAAAAUGGCAUCUUGAGCCCUUGAUAGCACCGCCCAACGAAGCAAGGUCAAUCAGAAGAAGAACGAUGAUGACGGAUAAAACGAAUCAACUAACCCCGAGGACGCCUAAAGUCAAGAUUACACGUUCAAAAUCAGUAGAAAACAUGGCAAAUCUAAACGCUGAUCAGAAACGAAUGCUACAUGACGAUCGUUGGAAGGUGAAACUCAUCGAUGCCAGAUAUGAUAUCGAUCAAAUAACCGAUUCCCUAAGCGAAGUGGAUUUAGAGGACGAUGAUCGCACCUGCUCUCCAAAACUGCGAAAGAGUUCAAGAAGCUCGCAACGUUUUCGAAGAAACCUGGACGACGACCUGGGUAAUGGUCAAAAUGAUCAACACGCAGAUUGUAUGAACUAUUCAAUCGUCAAACAGAAGGAUGCCGAUGUUGCCAAUUUGAAGAUAAAAUUGCGAAUUUCGGAGACACAAAAACAUGCCCAUACACCAAAAUCCACUCGAAAACGUUCAACACUUGGCUCAGCAACAGUGGACAACGAUGUUUCGCCGCCAAAGUGUCGCAAAUCUCUUUUAAGUGGGCGAGAUGAUACGCCCAGGGCAUCAAGGAAGAGUAUUUUGAAGAAUUCUAGCACAAAAGCUUCGGAGGAACUUGGCACUCCGAAGCGCAACGUACAGUUAUCCAAUAUAGUGGAAGAAUGUGCUGGAAAUCAUCGCGCAUCUCGUAGGCUAGAAUUUGUAACCUCGGAAGCAAAAAUGGUAGACUGUAAAACCCCAAAAAAGGAUCGACAUCGUGGUACACCAAGCGGCAGUCAUUCAACGUCAAGCAGCGCCCAAAAGAUGAAACUCAUUCGCUCUGGCGAUAUCAAACCAACUAUUCACUCGAGAAUUCGACCUGUGGAAAGUGGGUCUAACGAUCUAACGAUUGCUCGCGAACAGUUGCAUGUCGCCGCGACUCCUAGUAGUCUACCUUGCCGGGAAAAGGAGUACGAAAUAAUUUACAACUUUUUAGAAGGAAAAAUUUUUGAUCACUGCAGCGGUUGCAUGUAUGUGUCGGGGGUUCCCGGCACUGGCAAGACAGCCACAACGACCGCCGUCAUACGUGCGCUGAAGAGCUUAUCGGAAGAGGAGCAGAUACCCAAAUUCGAUUUUGUCGAUAUUAACGGCAUGAAGCUAACGGAACCGCGCCAAGCCUACGUUCACAUCUACCGCCAGCUCACGGGCAAAACACUGGCCUGGGAGCAAGCUUACAACCUUCUCAAUAAACGAUUUGCGACCAAGGCACCCCGUCGGACCACCACUGUGCUGUUGGUGGAUGAGCUGGAUGUGCUUUGCAACCAGCGGCAGGAUGUGGUCUACAAUCUUUUGAACUGGCCAACGCUGUCAACGGCACAGUUGAUCGUGGUGACGAUCGCUAACACCAUGGACCUUCCGGAGCGAAUGUUGAUGGGAAAAAUUUCGUCCCGUCUUGGUCUCACUAGGCUUACCUUUCAGCCGUACAACUUCCGUCAGCUGCAGGAGAUAGUUAUGGCACGACUAGCUGGUACCGAUGCGUUCAAUAGCGAUGCCGUUCAGCUUGUGUCGCGCAAAGUAGCGGCAGUAUCCGGGGAUGCGCGGCGCGCAUUGGACAUCUGCCGCAGGGCCACUGAGCUGGCCGACGAUCAAUCACGAAAAAACUACAACCCCGGCCAGUCCACGAUGGUCUCAAUACUGCACGUGCAGGCAGCGUUAGCAGAAAUGAUCGCCAGCGUACAUGUGAAAACGAUUCGAAGUUGUUCAAGUAUGGAGCAACUGUUCUUACAAGCCGUAACGGCCGAAGUUGCCCGUACGGGCAUUGAGGAAUGCAACUUUUUGGGAGUAUAUGCUCAGUUCGAAACGCUUGCUGCUUUUUCCGGUAUCAGUGUGCCUAACCCUGGGCGUGCAAUGAUGAUUUGCGCGAAACUUGGAGCUUCCCGAUUGCUGAUUUGCGAAAACAGUAGAAAUGAUAUUUAUCAGAAAAUUCUGCUCAACAUCAGCUCGGAUGAUGUUCACUAUGCCCUGCAGGCGAACAAGCUUAACUAA